CCGUACCUGGUUCAGCUUAUCCUUUGAUCUGACACCUAUAUGUACGUGGGUCGCGUUCAUGGACCGGGCGAUCGUCUCAUUGUUUCUCAGGGACGACGAAACAGACUGGACCGAACUGGACUGGGCCCUUCCCGAGAGACAAGACUCUUUCGCUCUGGACCCUCGCUCUCUCUCUCUCACACAUACACACACACACUAUCUCUGUAUCUUUCUCUCGCUCUUUCUAUCUUGUCCCUGUCUCCCAACUUCACCCAUAGAUCGUUUGGAGUGGAUCCAAUAAGAGAUUAGAGCUUCUUUGCCUCCCUCCUCCGCGUCCAUUCUUUCCAACCACACACCCCUGCCGGCUUUCUCUCUCUCUCCCUCCCACACCUCCACUCCACCUCCACUAUCACGUACUCGGAACUCGAUACAUUCCUAUACGGGGCUCUCUGUCUUUCCAACUGGUGUAUUGAUGACACUAUUUUCCCAAUUUUGUGAGGAUAGACCUGUCCAUCACUGAUCUAGGGGCGUCAUCUUCAUCUCCGUCCCCCCCCUCCGUCCCACGAUAUAACACUGCCUGAGCUGCUCAUCUGUGGAACGUUCCCAUUAUCCCAUCAUUCUUCAUCCUACUUUUAACCGGACAACUCGCUCCCUCUUCAUAACGAUCACGCCCUGUCCCCCCCCCCACCAGCGAGCCAGCAGUUGCAACAACAAUCAACAACACAACAACCCGCUCUUCUCACAAUGAUGUCGCACCAGCACCUCUGGCAACAGGAGCAUGACCACUCCAUUGAAAGCAUCAUGGACUCCUUCGCUCCUGAAGCCAGCUUCAGCUUCGACGGCUCCGUCAGCUGCGGCACCACAACACCGAGCUUCUCGGCCGCCUCGUCCGUCUACGACCCCAACGGGCCCUUCACUCCUCGCUCUGGUCGUUCAACACCUCACGACCAUCACUCCAGCAUCGACUUCGACUCUUCCUUCUCUUCCCAGAGCUCCUUCUCCUUCGACCAUGGCCCUGCACAAGAGAACAAGGGCUACUUUCACAAGCCCGAAAAGGUCGAGAUCCAGAUGCCCAUGCAGUUCGCCCCAACUGUUCCCCUUACGCCGUCGAGGAGACAGAGCUCGGCCUACGCCAUGGAGCACCUCGACUACAACAUGAUGCUUCACGUCACCCUCAACUCCCAUUGCAUGCCCGCCAUGUCCUCGCCCCACCACCAACACCAGCAGCAAAGCCAGCAGCAACAGCAACCGCAGCAACAUCACCACCAGCAUCAUCACGCCGAGCAGUACUCCUUGCCGCAGGACCUCAGCUCGUCGCCGUUCGUGAUGCCCACACCUCACCGCGGCCCCGCGAACUCCACCCCCAGCAACGCACACAUCUGGUCCUGCAGCAGCGAAAGUCCCAUCAUGAUGUUCGGGAAUGAUUCCACACCCUCAACCUCCCCUCUCCACUCCAUGACCGGCGGCAACGUCAAGCGCGAGACCACCCACUCCCCCUCGCCCCUCCAGUCGCCCCCCUCGGCUGCCGCGUAUCGCCAGGACCCCAGACGCAAGCUCUUCGCCGAGGUCCAGCGAAAGACGCUCGCCCUCCAGAAGAACCAGAACGAUAUGGAGGCAUUGAGACAGCUCAGGUCGAUCCAAGUCAACCAGGACGGCUCCGUCCUUGACUGCGGCUCCGUCAAGGUGCGCCACGUCGCGCCGAGGAGGGAGAAGUGCAAUUAUCCCGACUGCACCAAGACGUUCAAGAGAAAGGAGCACCUCAAGCGUCAUUUCAAAGCAACCCACGAGAAGGAGGUUGAGUUGUACACGUGCCCAGCCACGAACUGCAACCAUGUGUUCAAGGAACGCCGCGACAACUUCGUCUCUCACCUGCUCCUCCACAAGCAGGGCAAGAGCAGCAGGACGCCCUACAAUGAGAGGGCUGCCAAGCUGUACGACGAGAUGUGCCUGCAGAGCAAGAGCCGCAAGCGCGUCAAGACGAGCACCAGCUCGAGCCCCAGCAGUACCUCCAGCAACAAGAACUGACGAGGUGAUUAGCUGCUGGGUCCUGCGUCUGCCUGUCUCUCGCUGUCUGCUGC